UCUACAUUAAUAAGGCGUGGUGAGGAAUUAUGAUGGUCGGUCCUCCUCGAGUACAUUAAAUAGAAGGGCGGCUAACUUAGCGAAGGGGACUAGGGUUGAUCAGGGAAUCGAAGAUUAGAAGAGAGUUUUUGCAGAAGACUAGUGUACUCUCUAUGGUUUACGAAAGCAUUGAUAGGACCAGCAACCUACCAGACGAGAUUAUUUGCCACAUCGGGUCUUUCUUGUCGGCGAAAGAAGCGGCGUUCACGGCACUUCUCUCAAAGAGGUGGAGGAAUCUGUUUGAAAGCCUGUUCCAUUUAUCAAUCCCAGCUGAAGGAAGCAUAUGUUGGAACGGUUUGCAAGUUCUCCUAAAGAAAUCUCCAAAUCUUAAGGCUCUCACCAUCAAGGGAAGUGUGCACAAUAAGGAUAAUGAUGAGGAAUCUGUUUGCGAAUGCUUGAAAGGGUAUACUUUCCUAUCGCCCUGCUAUAUUGAGGUCGUAAAGAUAAGAGAGUGUAAAGGAGAAAGAGGAGAGAUGGUGCAAAUAAAGCACAUGUUGGAGACAUUGCCGUGUCUUAAACUUUUGGAAAUUCGUCUUAAGCCAGGAAGAGAUGACACACAUCUUCAGAUUAUGACGUAUCUCAUAACGAGUUCGAGAAGUUCGUCCAAGUCCAUAUGCACUGUUAAGGUGGUAUCGUCCAAAUGCACUGUUAAGGUGGUGUUACAAUGAACAAAAUCUUAACAUGAACUUGCAUAUCUGAAUAGAGCAACAAAGAUGCAAUUGUUUUGUUUCCCGUUUGUUGUUGACAUAUGAGAAUUGUGGUUUGGUUUUGUGUCUGAGAGAUUGUUCAGAUUGUUCUGAAUCGAACAGUUAAGGUGGUGUUACAUUGAGCAAAAUCUUAACAUGAACUUGCAUAUCUGAAUAGAGAAGAAACAAAGUUGUAUU